AUGACGAGUUUACCAUCUGCCACUCGCCCGUUAACAAGGCUGGCUCAAUCUUCACUAAUCACUCGAUCAAAUGCUAUUCAAAGUCUUUGCUAUCGAUGCCAAGUUCUAGCAUUGAAGGAUAGUCCUGCACAAUUGUUUGUAGCAGGACAGUCGCAAAGACGGUAUUUGAAUAUAAGAUGGGGAACUAAGGAACAUAUUCCUGGUGUCAAGGUCAGGAAGGGUAAACGGCAGAGAUUGAUCGAAGCCGGGAAGAAGACAUCCAUGGGGGCUCCCCAGUUGACGACUGAUGAGUUGAAGGAUACUUAUGCGCCGGAGUUAUUUGUAUUUCGAUCUGAUAUCGCUUCUGGGAAUAUCAAUGCUGCGAUGCAAUCGCUCACCAACCUCAUCGAACUCGAUAUCCUCCGUCACUCUGACUCGCAUAACCUCGCACAGGCUCUCCACGAAGCCUUCCGUUCAAAGAGCCUCCCUAAGGCCACUGUGAUUAAAUACAUCUCCACGGUAUUCGACUACCUCAAAUCCGGCCAACUUCCAAAACACUACCUUGCUCACGUUCACAUCCUCUCAACACUCAAGGAAGCCGAAGAAUGGACUUUGGGGAACGAAUACUGGAAUUGGCUUAAAGACCAAAACUUGGACCACCUGAACGCCCGUGUUUUCGGCGCCGUCAUUGAGUUUUUAGCAUACCAAGGUGCUCCACUGGAGGAUUUGGAAAAUCUCUACUCUCUAGCUCUCGAGAAGUUUUCAAAGGCUGAAGAUGCAGGUGGUGGUAUGCAUCACAGAGCUACAAGCCUUACAUUGGUACAAGGGAUCAUUACUGCCAGAAUAUUAAACCAAAAUUGGAGAUCGGCGUAUGAAGCGUUGGAUAUUGUGGCAAGAUUACAUCCUACACAGGUACCUACAAGGAUCUACGAGUUGUUUAUACACAAUAGACCUUCCAGGGAAGGGUAUUUGAUAUUUUUGAUGGCGUGUAGAGCCGGGACGAGAUUAAACGGGAAAUCACUGAUGUGGAUUAUUUCAAAUUGGUGGAAAGAGACUAUGGACGAAAAGGGUGUGUUACAGCUCGUUCUAGCAUACCUGGCAAUCGGUGGGAAAGCUUCGGUUAUCCUGUUGAAUAAAGUGAUCUUUGGAUUACUGGGAAGAUUGCCCGAAGCUCCCGAGCCCCCGGCUCCAUUGGGGACUUUGAUAAAAAGUGAGUUAGAAGGUGCGGAUGAAAGAACGGCUGAAGAGAAAGAGAAGGAAUCAAAGGAGUGGGAGGAAUGGGAAAAGAAGAUGGAAGACUAUCAGGCUGCUGUCAAUCCUAUGUUUGGGACUAUCCGACGGACAAUAGAAUUGUUCGAUGGGGUUAAUGUCGAGCCUGAUAUUAUUACAUAUUGCAAUAUCAUCAGUCAGGCUGCUAGAAGACAUUUGAGACAGAUUGUGGCGGCAGCGAUGAGGGAGAUCGAUUCAACAGUCAGGAGUGGGAAGGGGAUUCUAGAUGAAGCACCGUAUAGAGUGAUCAUGGGAGCCUGCGGGAGUUUGGCGGAUCAAGAAGGAGUGAAAAAGUCAUGGGAGGGGUUGGUUGAGUGGAGAAAAAAGUAUCUGGAAGAAACUAUGAAGGCGAAAUACCAACCCGGAAGGGUAUGGACUGGAAUUACGAAGGAAGGGGCUAGAGAUCAUGAAUUGAUGUCUUGGAAGGCGUUGAUCCGGGCUGGAUUUGAGGCUGGGAUGAAGCCUUAUAUCCUAGAACAGUUGAAUAAAUAUCAAAACCAGUUCAGCCAGAGGCUGACAAGCGAGAUUAGGUUGGAAUUGGUACGACGGGAGGGAAGUUUACAAAAGAGUUUGAAGAACGAAGCGGAAAUGUUAGCUGCGGCGGUGAAGACGGGGAAGGAUUCCAUUGAUACUUCAUCCAACCCCUUACGAAAACAAUCCCGUAUUAUAUCUACCGGUGUUCCUGAAACAAACUACGCAGAGUUGAGAGCAGAGGUGGAGGAAUACAAUAAGAUAUUGGAUGUUAUGGAGAAGGUUAUUAGGAGUACCGUUGCCUAUGACUUUUCGACGUUGGAUCUGGAUUUGGGCAGUUUAGGGGUGCCGGAGAUGACGGAAGACGAUGUUGGACAGUUGAGGGAGGUUUAUGAACAUUUUCAGAAGAAUAUGCCCAGAAACCCGUGGUUGACGGCGACGCACGAUCCAAAGACUGAUCUCGCGGGGUUGCAGCUUGCGAAUGAAAAGAAGAAUAGUAGUCAAGGGGAAAUAAAGGAAGGGGAAGAAGUCAAAGAGGGGGAAGCUACCGAAGUAGAAGCAAAAGAAGAAGACAUGAGAAAUCCAGAAGUUAAGACAGGAGGAAAAGGAAAGGGUGAGAUAGAUGAUGGAGCAUGGGGAGAACGAAGGAGCGUGACGGGAUAUUCUAUAAACCAAUUGAGGUUUGAGAAUUGGAUUACGAUGAAUCGACUGCUAUACCUAGCGGAGAAAGGAGCGACCUGGAGGGAGAAAGGUGGAGGAGGAGUCAAGGGAGUUGUACAAAGUUUUAACCGGCGGGAAGUUAAAGCGAAGGCUGUUAUCAAGGAAGUCGAGGGACUGGAGGGGAGGCAAUGGGAGGAGGAAGUCCUUUCGUUGCGAGCUUCUUUAGCUUUGAUUGGUAGUAAGUCCGAAGCACAAAACUCUGAAGUGGAUUAG